AUGUGUCAUCUUUCUGUUUUGGCUUGUGUAGAGAUUCGCGAUAAAAACACUACUCUAAUUCGUCUAUAUCUUUACUUUCUCUCCAAAAAGGAACAAUUACCAGUCAAAACAGCAAUUUUACGGCUUAUCGGAAAUUUGUGUGAAUUGAAGGAAACGGCUCAAAUAAUCGCGCUAAAUCAUGUUUUACUUGAAAAAGUGGUCAAUUGUCUAAAAUUGGAGGAUCAAAAAGCUGGGGAACAAGCAUUGAGAAUAUUAAGAUUGCUUUCUAAACGUAGCCAACUUUCCAAGAGUGUUCUCCGUACCAAUGGAUGCCUUUAUAUUGCAAAAAAUUUGGUUAAGAACAAAAAUAAUAAAAUUGACGUGUUUCAAACGCAACCUGAAAUUCUGCAAACUUUUUGUAAUUUAUUUAAAUUUCAUCCUCAAUUGGUUGCUAAACAAUUUUCGGAAUACAGCGAAUUUGUUCAACUCUCUCUACAACUUUUACUAAAAUACCCAAACGGGUCAAAUAAUAAAUUGGAAAGUCAGUGGAUUGAAUUAAUACUUCGCUGUACUCGUUGUUCACAAGAAUUGCGUUCAGUUUUGGGUGAAACUUCAAUAAAUAAAAUACUCGAAUUGGAAGAAAACAAAGAAAAAUUGACUGAUAUUCACUGCCGUUUUCUUUGUGCCUUUCUUGAGGACAGUUAUUUUCGUCGACAUAUGCGUAUUGAAGAAUGGGACCUAGGAAAUAGUGCUUUGAACAAAAUAUUGGAACGAGUCGAGCCUUAUCAAGAGAUUCAUGGACAGACGCAAUUUAAAUUAAUUCCAAAUAUUAAAAUUCAAAUUACAAUUUUUGAGAGUCUGUGCUCUCUUCAACAUGACGAGUCUUUAGAAUUUGUUAUUAGGCACCCCAAUUUUAUCCCUUGCGUUCUCAAUCAUAUUCGGUGCUAUUUGGACUCAACAUCCUACAAAUGCCAAAUUGAAUAUAUUUCUCCAGAAGAAAAACCUUUAUUUCCUGCUAUAAUUGAUCCGCCAUAUAAUGAUAGAGGAAAGAAGGAUAGACAAUUCUGGCCACUUUGCAAAGACUUUUCUGCUGGUGAUUUUUUAAGUUGCUUAUUAAAAUUUUUUAUAACAAAGAAGUGGACAAAAAUUUGCGGACAGAUUUUUGCGAACUUUUUUUAUCCGCAAAAAUUUGCGGAUAAAAAAAUUUGUCCGCAAAAAUUUGCGGAUAAAAAAAUUUGUCCGCAAAAAAUUUGCGGAUAA